UCUCAGAGCAGACAGUAAACAUCUUUCAGGAGUCUUCCACCAGGAUGAAGAAGAAGUUGAUCAUUGACUUGGACACAGGGGUGGAUGAUGCUCAGGCCAUCAUGGUGGCUCUCGCGGCCCCCAAUGUGGAGAUUUUGGGGAUCACUUGCUGCCACGGCAACACACCCCUGGAGAACGUCCUCAAGAACACACUGCGUGUCCUGAAAGUCUGCAACAGGCUGGAUAUCCCUGUGUAUCGUGGCUGCUCAAAGCCCCUGCUCGCCCAUGAACAAAAUGCUGGAGAUUUUCAUGGGAAGGACGGCCUGGGCGAGGUCCCGGAUCCAGACGCUCCAGGCCUUGAGCUGUUGCAGAAGAAAAAAGCUGUGGAGGCCAUGAUUAAGAUUGUAAAAGAGAACCCUGGGGAGGUGACUCUGGUGGCCAUGGCCCCUCUGACUAACCUGGCUGUCGCAGUACAACUGGACCCCUCCCUCCCCAAGAAGCUGAAGGCGCUCUACAUCAUGGGAGGAAACACUGAAUCCAGGGGUAACACCACAGCGUGUGGAGAGUUUAACUUUGUGGCUGACCCUGAGGCUGCCUACAUUGUAUUGGACUGCUACACCUGUCCCACCUACAUCGCCAGCUGGGAGUUCAGCUGCAAGAACAGCCUGCCGUGGUCCUUCUGUGACCAGUGGCUGGCCCAAAACACUGAGAAGGCUGCCUUUAUGAAAAAGAUUACAUGCCUUUCAAUGACGAGAGCUCGGUCCACAGACUAUCAAAAGGAGAUCACAACAGGACAAGGGUUCAACUCCUGUGACACCUACGCCAUGGCUGCCGCCAUCGAUGACACAUUCAUAACAGAGAGUGAGGAGGUUGCAGUGACAGUGGAGUUGGCGGGGACCUAUACCCGAGGCAUGAUGGUGCUGGACUACAUGGAGCUGCUGAAGAAGAAGCACAAGGCCUUCAUCAUGAAGAAAGUAGACUUGGAAAAGUUAAUGCAAAUGUUCAUGAAUUCACUGAAUUAGUAAUAGACUGUAACAAGCUGAUAGCUUGCAUUUGGU